AUGGCGACCUGGACAGAGCAUAUAUUUGCCUUGAACCCAGACACGUUUGACAUCCGGCGAAGAUCAAAAUACGGCUGUAUUGAUUGCAAAGCAGCCAAGGUCCGGUGCGACGAAGCCCGUCCUUCGUGUGGUACUUGCGCUCGUCGGCAUCGCGUUUGUCGGGGAUACACUCAUCAUCACAAUCAAGCCCAAGCAGAAGCUCCUGCGAAGAGGAAGCGACAGCGAUCAGAAACAUGCACUGAUGACCCAAAAUCUGACAGAUUCACUGCCAGCAUCAGCACACAUACACAAAUGUUGCCGACGACCAGUUCGCCCAGCAAAAAAGCAGACAGGCGACAGUCUCUCCACGUGGAAACAAAUUCUGAGGCAAAAAUCGGUCUCUCACCAUAUUGGAAUACAGCCUCUGAAUAUCGAGUUUCUUCAGACCCUAUAGUUACACACUCUCCGAAUGGCCAGAAUGCAUUGAUAAAUCCCAUAAUCCCACGAACGCUCCCGGCAAUUCCCCCGGGAGCUAUCCCCGAAGCCGACGGUCCAACUAUCAACGUGUACUUCAACAGGCAUCCUUUCGAGCUUGUGAUAAGUGCAGAGUUUAUUUAUGAGAUGAAUGCUGCGAUUUUACUGGUUCUUCAGGACAGCCCUGCAGCUAUUGGAGACGCUCUGUAUUCAAUAGGGCGUAUCUAUCUCGAUGAAGAUGGCCAAGGUUCAUUAUUACCACUGGCAUUGGACCGAAGAGCGAAGACGCUGGCGCGCCUGAGGUUUAAGGAUCCAAGCUGUGAGCUGGAGCAAAUGCUGGCAAUGACGCUGGCACUAGGGGCAAUGGAGUUGAUCGACACAAAAUGCAAAGCACAUGAGCGCUCAUUUCCCAUUUUAAUUGGGUAUGCGGUGCGGAUUAUUAAUAAGUAUCUUGCAUCGGGCCUAGUAUUAAGCUCGCUCGCCAAGUAUUUCGUUCGUGCCCUGGCACGGCAGGACAUGGUUCUAUCGUUGAGCCAGUGUCGUAGAAACUCUAUCCAGACAGAGCUCUGGCUCGACGAAUCCUCUAGAAGCUCCCCUGAUCGAUUCAUGGGAUACACGACAACUUUAAUGUCCCUUCUUCAGGAAUUGAGUGCUCUGGCCGAAGAUGUCUGCCAGAGCGCGGAGGCAAUCACUAACGGUCUAGAAGAUUCAACGAUGAAUUCCUGGUCUGUGACAAAGGUAACAGCCAUUUCGCCACCAAUGGCCGAUUUAAAGUCCCGUAUCCAGUCCUGGCGCCCUACCUUCGGCCAGGGUGUAUCCGCACGAACCUCGAGUCGACUACUAGCACACGCCUAUGCAUCCCGGGCAGCUGCUCUACUGAUGCUGCACCGGCUCAUGCACCCCGCUGGAAGCUCAGCGGAAGCUGACAAAGAAGCAUUCCAUAUGGCCUGCGAAGUCAUUGUGCAUCUACAUGGGGAACCGGACGACUUGCGGCUAUCAACGUGGCCGGCGUUUAUCGCGAGCUGUGAGUUGCAGAGUCAGGAGGAUCGGACUGUUGCAUUGGGCAUCUUCGAUGCCAUUUAUAGUGCUCGAAGGACAAGCACGGCCAUUCAGACAAAGAACUUCGUUGCCGAGAGGGUCUGGAAAGCAAGAGAUGCAUGCGAGGAUUGGAAUUGGAUGAUUUUGAGUCGAAAGUAUCCUAUGGAAUGUGUGCCAAUAUAA